GAGAAAGGAGGAAGGGGUGAGGAAGGGAUACUCCAUCGGCAGCGUCGGCCAAUGGGAGGCGGUCUCGGCGGGCUCCAGCCGCCUUUAUCACGGGCUCGCAUCUCAAACAAGGCGGCCUCUCGCACUCAAACUUAACGCGCGUCGCCUCGAGGCUGCUGCCGCCGCUGCUGCUACCGCCGCGAACAACAAAAACAACGCAGUGCCCGGCACGCCGCACUCCGCGCGAACCCCACUGCAACGGGGCCCCGCGUCCUCCCGAGCGCCUCCAUCUCUCUGCCUAACUCUCUCCGCGUCUCUCUCUCUCUCUACAACAUCUCUGUCCGCCUCUCUCGCCCUCCCACCCCCUCCCCGUACACACCCCUCCCCACCUCCAACCCCUUCUUCCCCUCUCGUCUCGCCUCUCGUUUGGAGCUCUCUCUCUCUCACUCACUUUGUAAAAGAGCACUUUUCUGUCUGCCCCCCUCCGCUCCCGCUCGCUCUCCCGCUCGCUCUCCCUCUCUCCCACUCUCUCUCUCUCGCUCGCUGUCCUCCUCUCGUCCCUGCUGCCGAGUGCCAGUGCUCGUCGUCGACCGCUCCGCACGGACCGGCUGUAAUGUUAGCCGUCGGGCAUAUGGAUGCUACGAACCGGCAGAGCGCUUUCGUCCUCAGCAGCCCUCCUCUGGCAGCCCUGCACAGCAUGACCGAGAUGAAGGCGCCCCUGUACCAGUACGCGAUGCAGAACUCGCACUCGGCCGGCUUCAAGACUCACUCGGCCGCGGGACUCACCGGACUCAGCUCGCAGCUGGCCGCGGCUGCAGCCGCCGCAGCGGCCGCGACACCGCACGGCAUCAACGACAUCCUGGGGCGGCCCUCGAUGCAUUGCGCCGGCGGCGUGGGGCCGGGGCUGCUGUCGGCCGGGCUCACCAGGGGCCUCGGGGGCAUCGGGGCUAACCCGGGGGCCGCCUCGGCGGGCGUCUACUUCGGCCACGGCGCCGCGGCGGCCGCUCACGCAGCCGCGGCCGCUCACGCCGCAGCCGGCCGUUACCCGAAGCCACUGGCCGAGCUGCCGGGCCGCCCGCCCAUCUUCUGGCCGGGACUCAUGCAGACGUCGCCGUGGAGAGACGCGCGCCUCGGCUGCUCCCCGACGUCCGGCGCAGUGGUUCUUGACAAGGAUGGGAAGCGAAAGCACACGAGGCCGACCUUCUCGGGCCAGCAGAUCUUCGCGCUGGAGAAGACCUUCGAGCAGACCAAGUACCUGGCGGGUCCCGAGCGCGCCAGACUCGCCUACUCGCUGGGAAUGACGGAGAGUCAGGUUAAGGUCUGGUUCCAGAACCGUCGCACCAAGUGGCGGAAGAAGCACGCGGCCGAGAUGGCCACCGCCAAGAAGAAGCAGGACUCUGAGACGGAGCGUCUCAAGGAGACGUCGGAGAACGACGAGGAGGAGGACGAUGACGAGUACAACAAGCCGCUCGACCCCAACUCGGACGACGAGAAGAUCAGCCAGCUGCUCAAGAAGCACAAACCGGGCUUGGCCGUCGGUCUCCAACAACAACAACAGCAGCAGCAGCAACAUCAUCUGGGUAGCCCAGACCACGAGCGGCCAUGAAGAGAGAGAGAGAGAGGACUGGGGGGUGUUUGGGGGAGACGGGUGGAUGGAUUUGUUGGAGGGAGAGAGGACCAAUCUUGCAUCCUCCCUCCCCUCUGGUGCCCCCCAUCCCCAGAGACCCCACGCGAUGUGAAGACUCCCCCCCCCCCCAUCACUUCGGGGUGUAGGGAAUUAUUGGCUAAAUGCGUGGUACCUUCGCCUGGCAACGAGAGCAACGAUGGACAUGCACACGACGUGUUGAUGUCCACGUGGUCGGACGAAAAUGUGUAUAUAUUGUUUUUUUUGUAUCUAUAUAUAUAGCGCUAAGUUAUGAAGAGACAAACGAAGACUAAAGACUCAUCAGCGAUUACUACGAUUAUGAUGAUGAUGAUUAUAUAUACCUACGCAGAAUGAUACGCGAGUAUUUUGGUGGGUGGGUGCGGGAGAGGAGAGGAGGGUGGGAGGGGGGGGUGCUGCUUAAGUGAUGCAGGGAGAUGACUUUGUGGAGUUGGGAUUUUUUGAUAGGCGGCAUCCUCCCCUCUCGACCCCCGUCCCGUUGCCCACGCAGCGUGAAUGUACAUAGCGCUUGAGUGUAUUUAAUAAACACUGCUAAUGUAUAAUA